AUGGGAAAAGAUACUUUCGCAUACCGGCCGCUAGAGUCGCAGCGGACAAUCCGCACCCUCCUCCUUCAACCCGGCCAAGCUGGACAGGAGGUCAGCUGCUCCCUCCAGCACGCCUCCCUUGAUCACAACCGCCCAAAGUAUGAGGCCCUCUCGUAUGCAUGGGGGGAUGUCUUGAAUACGCGCCAGAUCUGCGUUGACGGCAGGACAGCCACCAUCACGGCCAGCUUAUACUCGGCGCUUGCGCAGUUCCGCCAUCCCACUCAUCCGCGCCUCCUCUGGGCCGACGCCUUAUGUAUCAACCAGAAAGAUACGGCGGAGAAGACGGUCCAGGUCCAGCUCAUGGCAGAUGUCUAUCGUUACGCGGUGCAGGUCCUCGUCUGGCUCGGGCCUGACGAAGCCGGUCUCGAAGAGUUCCUCCCAACUCUCCAUGCAGCUUCAGGGCUUAUCUCGGCAAUCGAAGCGAGGUAUAACAACGAGCCGGAGGCAGCAAUCGAGAUGCAACGCAAAAUGAUGCGCUUGGGCUGGGAACCAAUCCUCGAACUAUUUCUCCGGCCGUGGUUCACACGGAAAUGGGUUGUGCAGGAGGUUGCCCUUGCCAAGCACGUUGUGAUGUGCUGCGGGAACAUUUGGUUUCCCUUUCACACUUUGGGAAUGAUAACCUUAGCUUUAGUCGACUGGCCCGUAAGUGCUGGCUUGAUGGCUCAGUGGGAUAAGAAGUAUUCCACUGGGUUUUUCAACGCCUAUUUCCUAUACUCGGUGCAUCGCAACAAGGUCAACAACUGCGAAGAGGGAGAGGACAUACUCAAUUGCCUUGUCCGGACCAAGCUGUUCCAAUGCUCUGUCCCCCAUGACCAUAUCUAUGGUCUCCUGGGGCUGCUGGAUACAUUUGGAGCUUCUCUGAAACCGGACUACGAGUGCAGUGCCGCCGACGCAUUCUCCCAGUUUGCCAUUUGGAACCUUGUUGAAGAGCAGAGGCCAGAGGUGCUAUGUAUUGCUAGCAAGCCCGAUGGCCAGAUUGGUCUGCCCUCGUGGGUGCCGGAUCUCAGCAAUAUGCAGGACAUCCACCCUAUUGCGAACCAUACGUUGCGCCUGUUUUCUGCCGGAGGACAGCAGGCACCAAAGUUUAGCGUCUCGACCGAUAGAAAAACCCUGAGUUGUCCAGGCAGGAUUAUAGACACAAUAGAAAAUUACACGCAGUGCGUGAGUGAGAUGCCGCUGCCCGAGGAUAUCCCCGAGUGCCUAGUCAGGAGGAGAGUAACUCGAUACAAGGUGCAGUCCGCCUGCCGCACGCUCUUCUGGCUCCAGGCGUGUGAAAGACUUGCAGCCGAAAACACGAGCGGCUUACUUUACAAUGACGAUGGUAGCAAUGAUGGAAACACCCAUGGCAAAACUAGGCUGUCACCAGAUCGUUUCAAGCAGUUUUGGCGCACGAUACUCUGCGGACUUCACUUCAUCGAUGGCGGCUACCACCGCCCGAAGCCGUCCGUCGGCACCACCUUCGCGCGCUACUUCGAUCUGCUGCGUGAUACUUGCAGCGAAAGCCGCUACAAGCAAGUGAGCGGCUCUGAGCUAUGGAAGUGUGCCUUGGUGAUCGAGUCGACGAUUGACAUGCUCUCCGUCCGGAGGAAGUUCUGCACCACCAAGGCAGGCAGACUAGGCCAGCUGCCAAAGGAGGCUCAACGGGGGGACCAAGUGUGCAUAUUGCAAGGGGUACAGGUGCCGUUUGUCGUUCGGAAACGGCCUCAAGGACAUGGCUAUGUGCUAAUUGGAGAAUGUUAUCUGAACGGUGUGAUGGAUGGAGAAGAGUAUAUGCAGGAUGCAGGCGGAGUCAUAGAAGUACAAUUAUAUUGA